CGGCAGCCACGUGGUCACCUCUUAGAAAUUCGGCAAGUUUGUCACCCUCGGCUCAAUACGGAUCUCCGCCGUGUGAUGCGACUCUUCUGCGACGAAGGUGUAUGUGCCGCCGCCGCAUUUCGGAUAAAAGGAAGCCCUCACGCGAUAGUAUUCGCGGAGGUUACUGCAAUUUAUCAGCGAGCGGGUCCCAGAACGAGCCACGUCACCACAAUGGCGGGAUUCACCGGCGACAUCAGCUCGGUCAAUCCGCUGAGGCAUACCGAGAUCUUGGCCUCGUUGCGUGAGUGGACGCAGCAAGUGUCCAAUGUGUGGCAGCACGUCCUCGCCUGCGAAGGGUAUAACAUCAUUCCGAUCUCUGCAGCGGAUAUUGACGGUCGCCGUCAGUUGAUUGCACAGGAGCUCAUCGCACCGAUCGUACAAUUGGCGAACGACCUCUCGCCCGACAUCUACUUUCAGAGUGACAACAGUCCUGCUCCGUACAUUUUCGAGCGAUCCUUGGAUCCGUACCGUCAGUGGACUUCGUGCUUGUCGGACCCUAGCGACGAGGAUACACUACCAUCGCAGCAGAAGUAUCUCAAGCCGUACGAGAUCCCCUACGCCUUCUACCCGAGGGCAGAAGAAGCGCCGAUCAUCGACGACGACGAAGAAGAAGGCGACAACGAGGAAACAUCGGAGGAGGGAAACUAUACUGAACAUAGCGAGGGCGAGCUGAGUAAGGAGGAAGAGGAAGAAGAAGGAGCCGGAUCCGGGCGGGAAGCCCCGCCGGAAGAAGCAACGCGUACGGGAACGGAGGUGGAAGAUCGGGAAGUGGCACGACAGCGCGAAGAAAUUGCCUCCGGAAAGCGCCAGCAUGAGUUCGCCAACAAAGCUAGCCUGCGCUUUGGUAACGAUCCGACCCGGGAACCAGAGCCGUCGAAGCCCGGAGAUGGCGACCCUGCAGCCACCACCUCAAGUGCCGCGCGACGGAGACGGCGCCGAUCCCCCUCCUCCUCCAGCCCCACCCGUCCCCCACUAACACUCCGAACGAAAGACAGCACAGGGCGUGAGGUUGCGCGUCACAUGUCACCAGAGAGCUUGGCAAAGCUAGUUUACAUCCACUUGAACAUGCUGCUACCGCGUGUUCCACAGAGUAAGAACGGCGGAUUUGUGGACUCGUGGUAUGAUUUCGUCGAGCCCAUCCCAAAGCCUGAAGAGAACGAGGAAUCAGUGUCUAGGGGUCCCGAGGAUGAGGCCGGGAAGACAAAGGAGGAGCUUAUGAGGAGGAUGCGAACCGUGCCAAGGCUAUGGCUUGACCGGGAGACCGACCUCGUCCACAAACGUAUGAUGGAGGCGGCGCCCCGACGUGCAGCUAUCCCGAUCCGCAGAGAGAUCGAGAGAGGUCUCAAACAAGUCAGGGAACAUCAACAGCAGAUCCAUCGGAUAUUGGAGGUUGUUGAAGAUGGAGAAGAGGAGGAGGAGCACCAACCAGAGGAGGGAGAUGACAUCAAGCAGGAAGAAGAGGCAGAGGGCAUGGUGCAACCAGAGGAGGGAGCGGUGAUGGAGCACCAAGAAGAGGAGGAAGGCAUGGCGCAAGGUGGGGAGGAAGAGGAGAGGCAGCAGGAAGAGGAGAGGAAUGGAUUGGCGCAGCAGGAGGUGCAGUAUGACGAGGUUGAUAAGGCCCGCGAAGACGAGCACCAUCCCACAGCGACACCAAUCUACACACGCAGGCCUCGGCCAGCGGAGUUUCCGGAGUCCAAUAAGAAGAUACCAGAAUUUUUCCCAAUGAAGGAGGCUGUCCAGCAUGACAACCUGUGGGUGAGCAGAGUGGGCAGGAAGAGAAAGGAGCCAUCACAGGAUGCUCCUGCACAGCCGAAAUGUCCUCGUGGCAGACCUCCAAAGCCCAAGACGGACGUGGCCACUACACCGGCUUCAAAAAAAAUAAAAACAGCGCGGCAAGCGCAAGAUGGUGGUGGAGGAUGACCCAGAAUCAGCUCACUGCAGCGAACAGCCAUCUGAGGACAAGGGCUGCGACGCUGAUUCCGAAUGAG